CAAGUCCAUGCGACGCAAUUAUUAUUGGCCAAACAUGGCCGACGACAUGCGCAAGUACGUGUUUUCAUGCACCGCCUGCCAGAUCAUGAAAUCAUCCCAUCAGCAAGCAGCCGGACUACUACAGCCAUUGGAUCCGCCCAAGAGACCCUGGCAACACGUCACGAGGGACUACGUGACAGGAUUGCCGGCCGGUCCCAGGGGAAAUGACGCCAUCCUCGUGGUCGUUGACCGACUCACAAAAAUGGCGCACUUCAUCGCCUGCCAACAGAAGAUCACAGUUGAGCAAACUGCCCAACUAUUCAUCACCAACGUCAUCAGACUGCACGGACUGCCCACCGCCAUUAUUUCAGACCGAGACCCGAAAUUCACAUCGAAUUUCAGGCGUCACCCGUGGGACCAAUUCGGCACCAAACUACAGUUUUCUUCAACCUACCACCCACAGACUGACGGGCAGACCGAACGAGUAAACCAUACUCAUUCGGACUACUUGCACUAACCCACAGACAUGGGAGAAAUCCCUUCCAC